GGCGGAGAAUCCGGCAGUGGCUGGAACGAUGGCUGAUGAAGAGGAAGAAGCGAAGCGCGUCUUGCAGAAAUUGCAGGAACUGGUGGAUCAACUCUACUCAUUUCGAGACAGCUACUUUGAGACACACAGUGUUGAGGAUGCAGGGCGGAAGCAGCAGGAUGUGCGGGAUGAGAUGGAGAAGACCCUGCAGCAGAUGGACGAAGUACUGGGUUCUGUCCAGGGUGAGGCACAGGCUCUCAUGCUGAGGGGGAAGGCACUGAAUGUGACCCCUGAGUAUAGCCCUAAGGCUGAGGCGCUUCUGUCAAAGGCUGUGAAGCUGGAGCCUGAGCUGGUAGAAGCCUGGAACCAGCUGGGUGAAGUGUACUGGAAGAAAGGGGACGUUGCAGCUGCCCACACCUGCUUCUCAGGAGCCCUCACCCAUUGCAAGAACAAGGUCUCCCUGCAAAACCUGUCCAUGGUGCUUCGCCAGUUGCAGACUGACUCCGGAGAUGAACAUUCUCGUCAUGUCAUGGACAGUGUCCGACAGGCUAAGUUGGCGGUGCAGAUGGAUGUCCUCGAUGGCCGCUCCUGGUAUAUCCUGGGGAAUGCGUAUCUCUCUCUUUAUUUCAAUACUGGCCAGAACCCUAAGAUCUCCCAGCAAGCCCUCGGUGCCUAUGCCCAAGCAGAGAAGGUCGACAGGAAAGCUUCUAGCAAUCCCGACCUUCAUCUGAACAGGGCGACGUUACAUAAAUAUGAAGAGAGUUAUGGGGAGGCCCUAGAGGGUUUCUCUCAGGCGGCAGCACUGGACCCUGCAUGGCCAGAGCCCCGGCAGCGAGAGCAACAACUCUUGGACUUCCUCACUAGGCUAUCCAGCCUCCUGGAGAGCAAGGGGAAGACAAAACCCAAAAAACUCCAGAGCAUGCUGGGAAGCUUGCGUCCAGCACAUCUGGGCCCUUGUGGUGACGGGCGCUAUCAGUCAGCCUCAGGGCAGAAGGUGACCUUGGAGCUCAAGCCACUCAGCACGCUGCAGCCUGGUGUGAACAGUGGUGCUGUGGUCCUGGGAAAGGUGGUGUUCAGCCUAACCACAGAGGAGAAAGUCCCCUUCACCUUUGGCUUGGUGGAUUCAGAUGGUCCUUGCUAUGCAGUGAUGGUGUAUAAUGUGGUGCAGAGCUGGGGAGUGCUCAUUGGGGACUCUGUAGCCAUUCCUGAGCCCAACCUUCGGCAUCACCAAAUUCAGCACAAGGGAAAGGACUAUUCCUUCUCCAGUGUUCGAGUGGAGACGCCUCUCCUGCUGGUGGUGAACGGAAAGCCACAGAACUCUAACAGCCAAGCCACGGCCACCGUGGCUUCCAGGCCACAAUGCGAAUGACCUGGCGGAGGAGUGGAGGCCCAGAGAGAAGCUUACCGGGUGUUGUGAAUGGAGAUUUCUCUUCCUCUGCCCUGUAACAUAGUUGGCGGCUCUUUUCCCUGUGGCAUCCCAGCCCUCUGCGGAGCCAUCACUACCCUGGUUUAUUCCUCCUGCCUCCCCAAAUGUGCUGACUGAGAGGGAGGACAGAGCACUCAUGGAACUGCUUUUGGGCCCUGUUAUGGGAGACUCUUUUCCCCGAGUUUGGAGAUGUUUUGACAGUACCAAGAUCCCUGUUGUUGCCCCUUCCUGAGUCUAAUAUGUUUGUAUAUAUCCGAUUACUAUUUAUUGCUGAGGGGCUUAACUUUUCUAUCAUUUUUGAGAAUUUUUUUUUUUUUUUUUUAAUUUUUAGAUUUAAAUUCUGAUGGGUGUUGUGGGACACCUUUAAUUCCAACACUUAGGAAGCAGAGGAAGGUAGGUCUCUUUGA